ACCAACCUCGAGUUUUAAACUCUCCGGUGUGAAAGAAAGAAUUCUACCGCAAUUUCCUGAAUUUCCGAGUUUAAUCAAUUUUCACUAAUUUUUGAUCUCGUGCAAGCUGUUUUUGACAUUUAACGGCUACAUACUCGUAAAGUGUAACAUAUCAAUCGUAUAUCAUCGUUAAACUUAUCAAUACUACGAGGAGUAAUAAAAUAUGAUGAAGGGCGGUGGACGAUUUAGUGGAGGUGGUGGUCUGGCGACUAGAGAACCUCCUUUGAUACAACUAGUCGAAAAAUACCUCGCAGAUAACAGCAAUUUAUCGUACAUCAAUAUUGACGACAUGAUUGAUUAUUUCCAAGGCCAAUAUUACCGGUUUGCAAGGAUGCAAAGGAAAGUUUUUGCAAACCAAGUUCGGGGUGCAUACUUUGAUUACUGUCGGCGCAAUACUAAUGGUAAUGGAACGCAGACAGAAAGUAAUCCCCCACAAGUUCCAAACACAGAUCGCUCGGACAGUGACAUUGAAGAAAUUGAGGAGGAUGCGUACACCCCAAAAAAUGAUUUUGUUAACGCAAAUGUAUCAAAUUUAUACAAAGCAUCAACUGCAAAUGCAAAUUUUCCAAAAACAUCGGGAAAUGUCCAAGAACCUCAAAAUAUGCUUACUUUCCCAACAAGCACUGUACAACUGGCUGGUGGGAGUGGUGGGACUAAUUCGACAGUAACGGUCGCAGCUGUUACUACUACACACUCUUCUUCAGAUUUGGCAACUGAUAGUGACGACGACUUAGAAAUAAUAGACGAAGUUCAAGGGCGAAAUGUUAUUAAAAAACUAGAUUCUCCAACUGGACAAAAUGAUGGAUCGACAGCAUCAUCAUCAUCAAUAGCUAAUUCAGUUAUUCCAUCCGGAAUAACACUUACCAUUGUUCCACCAGAAGGAGGUGCUGGAAAUCGACAUGUUGCGGUUGCUCCUCCCAUUAACAGGCCUAAUAUGUCGAUAAAAAGCACAUCAACUCCAUCGUCCUCUAUUCUUUUGGGAAAGAUGGAUAAAAUCUCGACACCACAACGACCUGUCCGAGCGGUUGGUAAUAAUGGAUUGCCAUCUUCAUCAUCAAUUGAGCAAAGGCGAAAGCAGGUUGCUGAUCACACAAAAUCAAAUAGUUCAUUCAAUUCGGUUAUACCACAACAGCGUGGAAUGAAAAGAAAGAACUCAUCUUCAGAGAAUCAAGGUAUCAGAGAUGACUUGACUAACAAAAAGUUGAAAAAGGAAGUUACAAUUGUUGGAGACACUGGAUAUCGACUGGCGAAUUUUGCAGGGAGUGAAAAAGUUGUUGAGGAAGUUUGUAGAUUGCUCAUGCAUUUGAAACAUCCGGAAGUUUACAAAACUCUAGGAGUGAAUGCACCUCGUGGAUUUUUAUUGCAUGGACCUCCUGGAGUUGGAAAAACACUCCUUGCAAAUGCUAUUUCUGGGGAGUUACAGCUACCGAUGCUGAAAGUCACUGGAACAGAAUUUGUGUCUGGAAUUUCUGGUGAAUCUGAAAGUAAUAUUCGGGACUUGUUCAAUCAGGCCAUUUCCAUUGCUCCUUGCAUUAUAUUUAUUGACGAAAUUGAUUCCAUUACUCCAAAGAGAGAAACAGUACAAAAGGAAAUGGAACGAAGAAUUGUGGCACAACUUUUAUCAUGCAUUGAUGAUCUAAUGAACCAGGAAAAUGGUGGUCAAGUUCUUCUUAUUGGUGCGACAAAUCGGAUAGAAGCUAUUGACACUGCUCUUCGUAGAGCUGGUCGUUUUGACAAAGAAAUAUGCUUAGGAAUUCCAGACGAGAAAUCUAGACAACGGAUAUUGGAGGUCAUUUGUCGAAAUCUUCGUUUAGCGCCUGGAUUUGAUUUGGGGACAUUGGCCAAACUUACACCUGGCUACGUAGGCGCUGAUUUGCAAUUACUCGUGAGAGAAGCUGCGGUUCAAGCUGUUAACAAAGCAUUAAUGGAUACAACACAAAAGAGAGCCAAAGCUGAUUCAAAAAAGAAUAAGCAGAAGGCUGAAGCAAAAGUUCAACUUGGGUCUGUGCUAAUCUCACCAGAAGAUCCAACAACCGUCCCUAUUGCUGAAUCAAGCACAGAGACCAGCGUGGUCGAGGAAUCUAUUUGCGACAAUGAUGUGACAAAUAAGAAAACAACUGAACCUGUAGCUCCAACUGAGCCGCCGAACCAAGAUGCUCCUCCUCCUACUGAGAGUAGUGUCACUGAAGUUCCUGAUUCCACUAAUGUCGAUGCACCAAAUGGAAAUACUGAUAAUGCUGUUGAAAACCCAAAAGUUAUGGACGUUGAAGCGGAAGAGAAAAUGGAGGUCGAUGUAGAUAAACCUCAACCUGACACUGCAUCAAUUGAUGCAACAAUUGAAGUUGUUGAAAACUCGGGAGAGAUACAAAAUCAAAAAGAUGACAUUUUAGCAACUUCACAAGUUUCAGAUAAAGUCGACGACGAGGAGCCUGAAGAUGAGCCUGAAGCGGAACCUGAAACAGCCCCUUAUCUCAGAUGGAUUAAAGAAACUGCUCCUCUCUCCUCUUCACAACUUGAUGAGCUUUACAUAUUUAUUGAUGACUUUGAAGAAGCAUUGAAACAUGUCCAGCCAUCCUCAAAGAGAGAAGGAUUUGCGACAGUACCUGAUACGACAUGGGACGACAUUGGCGCCCUUGCAGACAUUCGAGAAGAAUUAGAAGUAUCAAUUUUGGGUCCUGUUAAAUAUUCGCGUGCUUACGAGACUCUUGGUCUCAUGAAUCCGGCUGGGGUCCUGUUGUGUGGUCCACCUGGCUGUGGAAAGACUUUGCUAGCUAAAGCUGUAGCACAUGAAGCUGGAAUAAAUUUCAUAUCAGUGAAAGGUCCAGAACUUCUGAAUAUGUACGUUGGAGAAAGUGAGCGCGCUGUAAGACAAUGUUUUAUUAGAGCAAAAAACUCUAGCCCGUGCGUAAUUUUCUUUGAUGAAAUUGAUGCGUUGUGUCCACGACGAAGUGACGCUCCUGAAAGUGGAUCGGGAAGCAGAAUAGUUAAUCAACUUCUUACUGAAAUGGACGGCGUUGAAGGCCGUCAAGGGGUUUUUAUAAUGGCUGCCACCAAUCGACCAGACAUUUUGGACCCUGCUAUUCUUCGUCCUGGAAGACUCGAUAAACUUUUAUUUGUUGACCUGCCUUCUACAAACGAUCGUUACGACAUUUUGAAAGCCAUCACAAAGAAUGGAACAAAUCCAGUUUUAUCGUUGGAUGUGGAUUUGAAAGCCAUAUCGGGGAGAGAAUGUUGUGAUAACUAUACUGGGGCUGAUCUUGCAGCGUUAGUUAGGGAAGCGUCUGUAGCUGCAUUCAAGGAUUUGGUUAUGAACAAGUCCCAAGAUGCUGUCAGUCUAAAUGACUUGAAAGUUUCUAUGCGCCAUUUCGAGGUCGCUCUGUUGAAAACUAAACCGUCAGUAACAAAAGAGGAACGUGACAAGUAUGCAAAAAUGAAAGAACGAUAUUCCAGCAUAAGCGGGCAACGUUAAACAUUACGCUAUAUAUUUUAAUGUGUUCCUAAUUUUCAUACUCAUCGAUGAAUUCAUUGAUAAUAUUUUAAUACAAAAAUUGUAUAUUUCGAUGAAUGUAAACAACUGUGUUUUUUAUGAUCAUAAAAAAUACCAAAAAUAAAAUUCACGCAUACAGAUAUACAAA